AUGUCCGCCACCAACAACAACAACAACACCGACACCGGCACCGUCUCUCUACCGACGCUGCCAGGUCAAGGUCGCCAGGGUCAGGCCGGCUUGCCUCAGGCACCACCUCCGCUCCCCUUUGAUCGUUUCAUCGGGGAGUGGAGGGCUUGGGAGAGAGGCUUGUCGGCCGAGGAAUGGCAUGCAUUCUACUACUCCCUGCCCACUCGGGAGUGGCAGGGAGAGUUUCCAGCGUCGCAAGCCCUCCGUGUGGGCUUGCCGACGUCCGGUGGGGCCUUCCCUUUGGCUGUUCGGUGGAGGACGUCGAAUACUACACUACUACUAUUGAGUCUAUUUCCAGCCCGAAUUGAUCUCAAGAUGAGCAUGCAGGCUAUCGAAUACUACACGCGGAAAAUCGCACUACAUAGGUCAUCAAAGACUGUCUAG